AUGAAGUUCGGUAAAGAAUUGUCGUCGCAAAUGGUACCAGAGUGGCAACAAGCUUACAUAAGCUACGAUUAUCUCAAAACCCUUCUCAAAGAAAUCAUCAAACUCAAACACAAAACCAGCCCACCUCCUCCUCCUCCACAUCAUUCCGGUGAAGGACUUAGCCGUAAAAUGACUCUAUAUCGAGCAUUUAGCGGUCUUGUCCAAACGCCGGGAAAGAAAAGACAAAGCUCCGGUCAAGCCAACUAUUCUUCAGAAACUGACAUCGAAGAAGGUAAGGCUCCGAUACUUGUAAACAAAGCAACGCAUGGACUAGAGACAACGUUUCUAAUGACGGCAGAGGAAGGAGGAGAGUAUGAAUUGGUCUUUUUCCGACGACUCGAUGAUGAGUUCAAUAGAAUUGAGAAAUUCUAUAAAGAGAAAGUGGAAGAAGUGUUGAAAGAUGCAGUUAUGCUUAAUAAGCAAAUGGAUGCUCUUAUUGCGUUUAGGGUUAAAGUGGAGAAUCCUGUUGGGUGGGGAUGGGAGGAACGGACGGUGGAGAUGACUCGUUUGGCCUCAGAUGUCGCGACUUCGACGGCAGCGAUCGCUGCUUCUACACCGGCUAGAACUCGAACCAUGAAGCCUCGAGCUCAAGCUCACAUGGAGGCAAUUCAAGAAGGAAGCUUCAGCAGAGACGACGAAGAUGAAGAUCAUGGCUCCGCCGACGUGAAAACAAGCAGCUUGAAUCAGAUGAGAGGUGCGAGGCCAGCACCAAUAGAGGUUCUAGAUCACAUCAAGAUCAACAACACUAAAGCAACGCCUCGAUCCACCAUUAAAGGCGUUCUCAAUUCCUCAAGCCAAAACGAGAUCAAAUUCAAUAGACAUAAUCUCAACGAAGUCGAAGAGAAGCUCAAAUUCGCCUUCGUCGAGUUUUACCAGAAGCUUCGUCUCCUCAAAAGCUACAGUUUUCUGAAUGUUUUGGCCUUCUCGAAGAUAUUGAAGAAGUAUGAUAAGAUAACUUCAAGGCAUGCUUCAAAGUCUUACAUGAACAUGGUUGAUAAUUCAUACCUCGGAAGCUCUGAUGAGCUUGUGAAACUCAUACAUCGUGUUGAAGCUACGUUCAUAAAGCAUUUUGCAAAUGGUAAUAGGAGAAAAGGAAUGAACAUUUUACGACCUCAAAUGAAAAGAGAGAGACACCGAGUUACAUUUUCCACUGGUUUCACUGCUGGAUGUGUGUUUUCUCUUAUCGUGGCGCUUGUCACCAUUAUACGCACCCGGAAAACCUCUUCAAAUGAAAGCUACGAAGAUUACAUGAAUACUUUGUUCCCUCUUUAUAGCUUGUUUGGGUUCAUUGUGCUACACAUAACUAUGUAUGCGAUUGAUAUAUACUAUUGGAAGCAUUAUCGGGUAAAUUAUGCAUUCAUAUUUGGGUACAAGCAAGGAACUGAACUUGGUUACCGACAAGUUCUACUUUUGGCAUUUACCAUUGGAACGUUUGCGUUGCUUUGUGUUCUCGGAAAUCUUGAUAUGCAAGUACACUCCAAAACCCUAGAUUACCAAGGAUUUACUGAACUUCUUCCUUUUUUCCUUCUUGUUGCUCUGUUUGUAGUUUUAAUCUUGCCAUUCCAUUUUCUCUACCGCUCGAGUCGGUUCUUCUUCCUCACAUGUCUGUUUCACUGCCUUGCUGCUCCUCUUUACAAGGUAACGUUACCUGAUUACUUUUUAGGAGAUCAGCUAACUAGCCAAGUACAAGCUCUUCGAAGCAUCAACUUCUACAUAUGCUACUACGGUUGGGGAGACUUCACCAAAAGAAAAAGCACAUGCGAAGAGUUUAACAUCUACAACUAUUCCUUAUACAUUGUUGCAGUAAUCCCAUAUCUUUCCCGCCUCCUUCAGUGUAUGCGACGGAUGAUUGAGGAAAAGAGCCUUGAUCAAGGAUACAACGGAGUCAAGUACUUUUUGACAAUAAUAGCUGUUUGUCUAAGAACAGCUUAUGUUUUUGAAGGAAAAAACUUGGUGGAUCCUAAAGUGAAGAUUAAUCCUAUAUUGAAGAAUCCUACAUUACAUUUCAAACUCAGAGUGUUAGCUGGUGCUUUCUCAGUUCUUGCUGCUGUUUUCUGUACAUACUGGGACUUUGUUCAUGAUUGGGGCCUUCUGAACAAAAAUUCCAAAAACCGAUGGCUUCGCGAUAAACUUCUCAUCCCACAGAAAAAAGUAUACUUCAUCGCAAUGAUCUUGAACGUUGUGUUGAGAUUCGCGUGGUUGCAAACAGUACUGAAUUUCGAAUUCAAGUUCUUGCAUAAGCAAACGACGCUUGCGGUUAUGGCUUGUCUUGAGAUUAUUCGCCGUGGGAUGUGGAAUUUCUUCAGGGUAGAAAAUGAGCAUUUGAAUAAUGUGGGGAAGUUCCGAGCGUUCAAGUCAGUUCCAUUACCAUUCAACUACGACGAAGACGAUGAAAAAGACGACUAAACGUUUACAGAAGUUAAAAGACUUUCUUAUACAUCAUGUCAACAUAAAACUGAAGUUUGUAUCUUCACUAACGAAAAUGUAACACUUUUACUAACAAAACAUUGCAGUUCAUUCCGA